GACUUUCACUUCCCAUGUUGAGUGCAAAAUGAGAACAACCCACAAAAAGAUGACAUUGAUAUUCUUUUUCGUGUAGCUAAAGAAACAGAGUAAAUCCUAAAUCUCCGCCGGCCCUGUUACCAUCUCGGCGGGACUUUCUUCAAUUGGCUCAUCAAAACUUGGAAAGUUCUUAAUUGAAAGUCCAAAACUGUCGCCUAGUCUUCGUUUUCAAGUAUGAUGGCGCGCCCGCGCAAUAAACUCUCCAGGAUUUUUCAAUCGCUUCCCCUCCCUCAGCCCACCAUGAGAAAACGAUCUUCUUCUUCGUAUCACUUCUACUGGGCUGUUGUCGCAGCGAUUCAUGUAUUUUUGUUGCGAAAUCUGACCAGCGCAGAAGAUUUUGGGGUUGAAAACCGACCCAAAACGGAAAGGUUCGUCUAUGUUCGCGAUCAUGGCGCCAAAGGUGAUGGUGACAACGAUGAUACUCAGGCUUUCAAGGAUGCUUGGAAAGCAGCUUGUUCUUCUUCCGUGCACACAUGCAUUGUAAUCCGAGCUGGAGACACUCAUCUGGUUCGACCAAUUGAUUUUGCUGGACCUUGUGUGUCAAGGGUGACUUUGAGGAUAUCUGGUACUAUCAUUGCACCCCAAAGUCCUGAGGCCUGGGAUGGCUUGGACUCCCUAAAAUGGCUAUAUUUCCAAGAUGUGAAGAUGCUCACCGUAGAAGGGAGCGGAACAGUCGAUGGAAGAGGACAGCAGUGGUGGGAACGAACUCGGUUCUGCAAAAUCUACAAUACAUCUAUAUGUGGACAUCCUCCGAUGGCCAUGAUUUUUGAUAGCUGUGAGCACUUGAAGGUCAGGGACAUUGUUUUGAGGAAUAGUCAACAAAUGCACAUGACAUUCUACAAUUGUACUCAUGUUGAUGCAACCCAUAUUAAAGUGUUUGCACCUGAUGAUAGCCCUAACACUGAUGCAAUCCAUGUCAAUGCGUCCACACAUGUUCUAAUCAAAGACAGCAUUCUUAGAACAGGAGAUGACUGCGUCUCUAUUGUAAGCAAUUGUUCAUCUAUUCAAAUCAGAAAUAUUACAUGUGGGCCAGGCCAUGGUAUGAGUAUUGGAAGCAUGGGAAAACUAAAUGCGUGGGAUGAGAUACGUGAUGUAACAUUUGAUGGAGUAUUCAUGUCUAACAGUGACAAUGGUGUAAGGAUCAAAACAUGGCAGGGAGGUCAGGGUUAUGCUUCCCACAUUAUUUUUCAGAAUGUAUUGAUGGAAAACGUCUCUCGUCCGAUAAUAAUAAAUCAAUAUUAUUGUGAUUCUCGGCUGCCAUGCGCAAAUCAGACUGCAGCUGUUAAAGUGAGUGACAUAUUCUUUAAGAACAUUAGAGGAACUUCAGCUACUGAGAAAGCAAUAGUAUUUUCCUGCAGUGAUACUGUCCCAUGUGAAAGGAUAAAUUUAGAAAAUGUUAUGCUUACAUCAUCCUCUGGGAAAAACUUGAAGUCCGUUUGUUGGAAAGCUUAUGGCUCGACCAAAGGUGUGGUACAACCCUCUUCUUGCCUCUCUCAAGAUGAAAGAAGGGCUAUCAAUCUGGCGAGUUGAGUUGGGGCAAGCUUUGUGGAAACAUACUCAAAAUAAGAGGGAUUCAAGCUCAUGCCCAACCAGUGUUCUCAACCGAGUUUGUGGUCAGACUUGAGCAACUCAAGAUCAGGAAUAUACAUAAUGGGCACAAAGUAUUGCAAACUACUUUGUUAAACUUACAUCACAUCAAUUUUGUAAGAAAUAAGACCAUAAAACUUGCCAUCAAUUUGACAUGGUAAGUUAAACGAGUUAUAUACAUAUACAUAAAUGUUAGGAUCCUGUGAGCAAUAAACAAGCAUCAGAAAAAUUGAGAUACCAAAAA